AAAAUUUCAUUGGAGGAAAAACCCUAAUCCCUUUACUUUAUAUUCAGGGACGAACACUCCAUUGCGCCGGUGCUGUGCGGCUCUGCGAAACUUGAAAAAUGGGUGCCUACAAGUACGUAUCGGAGCUAUGGAGGAAGAAGCAGUCUGAUGUCAUGAGGUUCCUGCAGAGGGUGAGGUGCUGGGAGUACAGACAGCAACCUUCGAUUGUCCGUCUCGUCAGGCCUACUCGUCCCGACAAGGCUCGUCGUUUGGGUUACAAGGCCAAGCAGGGCUUUGUGGUGUACCGUGUCCGUGUGAGGCGUGGUGGACGCAAGAGGCCAGUGCCAAAGGGUAUUGUGUAUGGGAAACCAACAAACCAGGGAGUAACCCAACUCAAGUUCCAGAGGAGCAAGCGGUCUGUCGCUGAGGAGCGUGCCGGAAGGAAAUUGGGCGGCCUCAGAGUCGUCAACUCCUACUGGCUCAACGAGGAUUCGACCUACAAGUACUACGAGAUCAUCUUGGUUGACCCAGCACACAACGCUGUGCGUAACGACCCGAGGAUCAACUGGAUCUGCAACCCGGUGCAUAAACACCGUGAGCUCAGAGGACUUACCUCUGAGGGAAAGAAGAACAGAGGACUUCGAGGAAAGGGUCACAGGAACCACAAGAACCGCCCGUCUCGCAGAGCAACAUGGAAGAAGAACAACUCUCUUUCCCUUCGUCGUUACCGUUGAUUGUCUUUUGCUAUUAUUAUCAUUACUACUGCUAUCAUCAACUUUUAGGUUCCAUGCUUUUGCGCUGCUUUUACCUUAUGCAGGAUGAUGACUUUUGUUUUUGCAAAAUUUUGGGGAUUAUAAAACUUUCGUUCGACUUAUGUUUUAAUCCUAUGCUUCACAUUUGCGUGCUUUUUCUGUUUAUCCUUGAGAAUUGUUCUUGCGUAUACAAUCUAACUUAAAGAUCAUUCAGUUUCAAUUUGCUUGGAAU